UUUAUGCAACACCUUUCUUGAUUUCCCGAGUCGAGGCUUCUCGUUCUGCUUCAUGCUCCCCUAUGAACUUGAGGUACGCAUCUCUGAUUGCGUGCAUCUCCCCUGUUGCAUCUUUCGUCCGUGCUCGGUGUCGAGGAUGUUGCUUUGAGCAGGAUAUGCCAAGCCUCAAGACCGAAACCAAUAACUCCUGGAUUCUAAUACUUGUAUUGUUAUUCUGUUGUCCGCUGUGCAACCACAUUGUGGGGUCAGCUAUCUCCAAGGUUCUAUCUGGAAGAGCGUCCUCAGCAAACUUAUGCAGAUCCAAUGAAUCUCUGAACAUGCCUUCUGUUGGGCUCCUUCCCGUAAACAUCUCAAGCAGCAAUAUGCCAAGACUAUAAAUAUCACCAGCGGUUGAGACUGCAGAGCCUUCUCCAUACUCUGCAAUUAUGCAAAUUUUGUGCUCAGCACGACAUAUUCGAGCGAAAAGUAAAAUAUAAUAUAAGAAGAGUUUUAGUCACCUGGUGCAACAUAGCCUAUGGAACCUCUGAUUCCAGUUGAGCUGUAUGAAGUUUGCAUCCCCUCACUUGUAUUUUCUUUAAGGAUCCUUGAUAUGCCAAAGUCUCCAACUCGUGCGCUCAUGUCUUCAGCAAGAAGAAUGUUGCUUGGCUUAAGAUCACAAUGGAUCACCAGUGGUUGACAGUAGUUGUGCAGAUAUUCUACCGCGUCUACAAUAUUGACAGCAAUAUCAAGCCUCUGGGCAAGGCUGAGAGUGUUGUCUGUACUGGGCUCUUGAGGUUUUGGAUGAAGCCAGCCAUCCAAGUUACCAUUGGGCAUAAACUCAAAAACCAAUGCCUUAAACUCUUGACCUUGGUGGUUGAGGCUCGAACAAGAAGUAAUGAUCUUAAUGAGGCACCUGUGUCGUAUUCUUCUCAUGGACUCACACUCAGCCUCAAAACUCUUGGAAUACCUGGAUUCACCAAGAUUGAACACCUUGACCGCCAAUGUUCUUUUUUCAAAGUCCAAAACACACUUAUAGACCGCACCAUAACUUCCUCUGCCAAGCAAGUUGGCUUCCGCAAACUCGUUAGUUCCUCUCAACAAUGCAUGAUAGGGUAUUCUCUUGUAAUGGUCAUCAGCUGAAUUUUGUGCUAAUGUUUUUUUGCUUGGUUUGAGCUUCUUGCAAAGUAUCCAAACAAGAAGAACAAUCGAAAGUGAGAACAAGAUUGCUCCAGCUGCCACUACAUAAAUUACAAGAUUCUUUGGCAUCUUUUUUUUGUUCUUUCUGGUGGAGCAUGGAGCCAAAUGAAGUUGAGGUGUACCACCACACAAUUUGAUAUUCCCAGCAACUUCUAACUCUUGCAGAUUUCCGAUGCUACCAAGGGCAUCAGGAAUAUUACCAGAUAAUUUAUUCAUGGUCAGGUUCAAUCCCCUGAGCCCCUUUAUAUUUUUCAGUGAUUGAGGUAUGCUUCCUUCAAAUGAAUUGUUGUCUAAUGAUAGCAGUUCCAAUACUAUGCAAUUCUGAAGACUGUCGGGUAUCUUGCCGGACAACUGGUUUCCUGAUAGAGCUAGUUGGUUGAGAUUUGAUAAACUACCAACUUCAUUAGGAAGAGGUCCAGAAAGGGAAUUGUAAGACAAGUCCAAAAUAUAAGAAAGAUCGUGUAAUUUGAAAAUCUCUCUCGGUAUUGAACCGUUUAGAUGGUAAUUCAUUGACAAAUCAAGUGCAUAGAGAUUUUUCAACUCCCCCAGGCUUGUCGGAAUUGGCCCCUCUAAGUUGCCAAUACUUGCAAAAAAACUAUUCAAACGUGAAAGGUUUCCUAGUGAUGGUGGUAUGAAGCCAGAGAGGCUAUUGUUGUACAAGCCUAGCUCGAUCAAGUUCCCUAGCUUGCCAAUGCUCUCUGGAAUCACUCCGUCUAUGGAAGUAUUUGCUAUGACAAGUAUUUGCAGACCAACCAAAUUGCCAAUGUCUACAGGGAUACUCCCAAAGAUCCUAUUAUGCAUCAAGUAUAACCCCUCAAGAGUCGUUGAGAGGUUCACAAUUGAACCUGGUAGUUGUCCGCCAAAAUAAUUGCUGGCGAGUACCAAUAGCUGCAGUUGGCUGCAGUUUGCUAAAGAAGUGAUGAAUUCCCACCCCUUGUUGUCAUUUGCUUCGAGGUUAUUUGCACCCAAGUUUAGAUGUUGGAGAGCUCCCAGCUUCCCCAAUGUGGGAGGCACAUACCCACUAAAUCCAUUCUGCACGAGGUUAAGGAAUACGAGGGAAGAUAUGUUGGAUAUUGAGGAAGGGAUGGUUCCUGUGAAGUGAUUACCACCUAAGCCCAGAUGUUCCAGCUUGGCGAACUUGCUUCCGAUAUCAUCUGGAAUGCUUCCGUACAACAUAUUCAAUGCUACCGAAAAUACUUCCAGCGAUGACCAGUUGUAUAGGGAAGGUGGAAGCAUACCGGAGAUGUUGUUUCUAGAGAUGCCGAAUUGCUGCAUGUUGUGGUUGCUUCCGAGGCUUGAUGGGAUUGAGCCCACGAGCUGGUUAGUGGUGAGAUCGAGGUAUUGUAGAUGGGACAGAUUGCCAAGUGACGGCGGGAUGAGCCCUGUGAAGCUGUUGUUUCUCAGCGAGAUCACUGCCAGGGAUGUGAGCUUCUCGCCGAGCUCAGCCGGGAUGCGCCCGCCAAGUUGGUUGUUGCGCAGUCUCAGCUUGGUCAUGCUGAUGCAGGAGCUCAGGUUUACAGGGAUUUUUCCAGAGAAGGAGUUGUCGCUCAAGUCAAGCUUCAGCAGACGGCGGAGGCGGCCGAGGCUCGCUGGAAUCUCCCCGUGGAGCCGGUUGAAGCUCAGGUUGAGCGUCCGCAGGAACGAGAGGUUCCCGAGGGCUGGGGAGAGUGCUCCGGCGAGCCCCCUGCCAUCCAAGCUCAGCUCCACCACCCUUGAGGGCCUCCAGCGGCUGCACAUCACCCCUUCCCAGCUGCAGAAGCCGGCGCUGCUGUUCCAGGAGGCCAGCGAGCCGGCAUCACUGACCUGCGCUUUGAAAGCAAGCAGCGCGGCCUCGUCACCAGCGCUCACUGUGGCGGUCAUCAGAGCGACUACCAGUGACCAUAUGAAGCUCAUUAUCCCCAUGGUCAUGCCCAUGCUGGUUCCAGGCAUGGAUCUCCAGAGUUGACAACGAACACGCUGACCGCGACAACGGUAUGGCAUUUGAUCCUACAUACGCCACGCAGGAGAUACUCGGGGCCAAAUUUUCGUGUGGGUGCACAGUGAGUCAAAGUCGGUGCGGAUGUAGCGUGCUAUGCUGGUUUUAAUUCGCACCGGUUCCGUUUUCUUCCAUAACUACAGUGUUUAUCGAGCUUGACUGCUCAGUCUCAAGUCCAAUGUACAGAAAGGUGGAUGCUUUGGGCGUGUCGUUGCCGACGUCGGAAAAUGCUUCGGAAAUGUAUCUGAAAGGAGAUGAGGCAAGAAGACAUCUUAAUACGGAACGCCAUGAACCAUAUCGUCUGUCUCGGGAGCAAUUGAUGUAUUUUCACCCGCAAAAUUUUUUUUUAUGUAUUUUGAAACUACUUGAGUUGUUGUACAGUAACGUCUGUAGCUUUUUCUUCCUUUUUCCUUUCUUUUUUCUUUUCUGUUGAUGGUAUUUGUACCAGUCCAAUUUAAUUAACCAGUAGCUUCUUUUGUUGACUUU